AUGAAGCUCAACAGCCUCCUCCAGCUCCCCCUUCUUCUCGCGCCCUUCCUGGCCUCCUCCCCCGUCGCAGCAGAACACACCAGCAACUGGGCCGUCCUGGUCUCAACCUCGCGCUUCUGGUUCAACUACCGCCACCUCGCUAACGUGCUCUCCCUCUACCGCACCGUCAAGCGCCUCGGCAUCCCCGAUUCCCAGAUCAUUCUCAUGCUGCCCGACGACAUGGCUUGCAACCCGCGCAACGCCUUCCCCGGUACCGUCUACUCGAACGCCGACCGCGCCGUUGACCUGUAUGGCGACAACAUCGAGGUCGAUUACCGCGGGUACGAGGUCACGGUCGAGAACUUCAUACGGCUGUUGACAGAUCGCGUGGGGGAAGAGAUGCCGCGGAGUAAGAGGCUGUUGACUGACGAUCGGAGUAACAUCCUGGUAUAUAUGACGGGCCAUGGGGGGAACGAGUUUCUGAAGUUCCAGGAUGCAGAGGAGAUCAGUGCGUUUGAUUUGGCGGAUGCCUUUGAGCAGAUGUGGGAGAAGAAGAGAUACCAUGAACUUCUCUUCAUGAUCGACACCUGCCAGGCAAAUACUAUGUACUCCAAAUUCUACUCGCCCAAUAUCAUCGCCACCGGGUCCUCCGAAAUUGACCAGUCCUCCUAUUCGCACCACGCUGACAACGACGUCGGCGUGGCCGUCAUUGAUCGCUACACUUAUUACAACCUCGACUUUCUCGAGACUCAAGUGCGGGAGCCUAGCUCCAAGAAGACACUCGCGGAUCUAUUCGAUAGUUACGACGAGAGCAAGAUUCACAGCGAUCCAGGAUUUCGAUGGGACUUAUUCCCAGGUGGAGAGCAAGCCGGGAGAGAGAGACUCGUGAUGGACUUCUUUGGCAACGUGCAGAAUGUAGAGGUUGAGGGUGGGGGGAACGAGAGGGAGUGGAAGGAGGAUUUGCUAGCGUUAGGAAAGAAGAUUGCUGAGUUGAGAGAGAAGGCCGAUGCUCAGGAUGCGGCGACGAAGAAUGCUACGCUUCCAGAGCAAGGGAAGAGCCACACCACGCGGAGAAUGAAGGCUGCAAAGGUUGAAGUGGAUGAUAAUUGGUUAGGAAAGAGAGCUGUGGGAGCUUGGGCGCUGCUUGGAUGUGCGCUGGUCUGGACCGCUGGGUCAUAUUUGGAGGCAAUCUGA